AGGGAAAGGUGCAGGAGAGCACAUUUCCUUCAGUUAUUGUCUAACCCGGUGUUGUAACGUUGCAUGCCCACCUCCUCGGAUGACCUCAUUUAUUUUGAGCGGUUCCUGCCUUCUCUUCCACCUCUCCGUCGGGACGCUGGAAGGAGGCGGGUAUCCAGCAGCCGGAUCCUAAGCGUUCCGCUCACAGUCCCUCCUCUCCCAAGGCUGCCUGGUUAAGAGCGUUGCGCAGGAAUUUCCGGCGGUUCACGCCCUUGUUGGUGGAAAUUGCGAGCGCUCGGUGAUUUUUGUUACCUGCCAGGAGCCGCGUUUUCGUCCCUCUGCUAUCAGCUGCUGGAGGAUUCGUCCAGUUUCCUUUUUUGUUUUGUUGGUACCGGAGAGUUUGUUUCGAGUUUCGCUUGCGGUUCCUUGCCGAGGGCAAAAGGAAAAAAAAAGCAAAGCGGGAAUCAUGUCUGGUAGCAAUUCAGCCACGAUUGAUACCGUGAAGAGAAAAAUCCAGUUUCUGCAGCAGCAGGCGGACGAGGCAGAGGAAAAGGCUGAGCUGCUGCAGAGGGAGCUCGACAGUGAGCGGCAGGCGAGAGAGAGGGCGGAAGCCGAUGUAUCCUCCUUGAAUAGGCGUAUCCAGCUGGUUGAGGAAGAAUUGGAUCGUGCUCAGGAACGUCUGGCUAGUGCCCUGCAGAAACUAGAUGAAGCUGAAAAGUCAGCGGAUGAGAGUGAACGAGGAAUGAAGGUUGUGGAGAGCAAAGUCUUAAAGGCUGAGGAGAUAAUGGAAAUGCAAGAGAUGCAGCUGAAGGAAGCUAAACAUAUUGCUGAGGAAGCAGACCGCAAAUAUGAAGAGGUAGCACGUAAACUUGUCAUCCUUGAAGGUGAGCAGGAACGAACUGAGGAGCGUGCUGAACAGUCAGAAAGUAAAUGUGCUGAGAUUGAAGAAGAAUUGAAAAAUGUCACCAACAGCCUGAAGUCUUUGGAAGCACAAACUGAAAAGUAUGCUUCAAAAGAAGAUAAAUAUGAAGAAGAAAUCAAGCUGUUAACAGACAAACUAAAAGAGGCUGAAACUAGAGCUGAGUUUGCAGAAAGAUCUGUAGCAAAAUUGGAGAAGGCAAUUGAUGAAUUGGAAGAAAAACUGGCCCGGGCCAAAGAAGAGAAUGUGGGCAUUCAUCAGGUGCUUGAGCAGACUCUAGUGGAUCUGAGUCACUUAUAAUACUAACUGGGGGAAAAAAAAACAAAAGCUUUACAUGCCACAAGUGCCCAUGGUACAACAACAUCUUCUGUGUAAACACUGAAAACCACCAGCCAAAGUGUGAAACACAGCAUGGGGAUUAGAACAACAAACUAAUAAUAUAGGCUCAGCAUUUGUGUUGAAACCAAUAAAUUUCAAGGGGGAAAUCUUUCUUUUAAAACUUAACUUUAACCACAGUGUUGGAUCAGUUUUUCUUUUUGAUUUAUCCUGCCCUCUCCACUACAGUAAAUGGGCAGACUUUGACACUUAUGCCAUAGAUGUAGUUAUAACUGUAUUUGCUUUUCUUUCAACUCUCUAUUUGAUGGCUUCCAUUCUUGACAAGCUUUGUUUUUUUUUAAUGUGUAAAAUGUAUUGAUAAGACUUGAAUUUUUGCCAAAAGUGCAUUCAAGAGUCUCUGACAUGAUGCUGGAUAACAUAAGUAAAAUUUGAAAAGAAUGCAUACCACUUUCUUCCUCCAGCCCCCCAGAGUUUUAAUCUGCUGCAGCUUAGAAAUCUGUGACGUUAUGUUAUUUGUUAAUUAGAAGUGGUUUGUGCCCAGUUAGCACACAGGAAAAAGUCAAAGCUUGUAAGGACGUGGUAAGGCCUGGUUUCUGAUAUCGGGACCACACUGGCAAUUAUUGGCGAAUGUUGUUAAUGUAUCAUACUGACCCAAGGUUACUGCUUGUAGAAGACAAUAAAAAUGUCACUAGAUAUUGCUAAUGUAAAAUCUAUUGACUUGCAUUUUUAAAUCAAUGGAGAUGCCACCAUGACAUUGUAAACCUUUUAUAUCACAAAUAGAUGGGAUUGUGAAAAUAUGUACAUUUUUGUCAUAGAUUUAAGAUUUUGAGCACAGAUGGAGUUUUAACAACUAUUUGCCCUUCUGUGAUGCAACUGUUUCUUCUCCCUAUGAAUGUCCUUGGAAUUCCACUUUAUCCUAUGCAAUUAUCUGUGUAAGCUCUUUAUUUGUACGGUUUAUUAAACUUUGGAAUAAAAUUA